AUGUUCGAUUUCAAAAUCCCGAUGGCUGAAAUAGAAGAUGAUCCAGUCGCCGCUGAGCCUGCUCCUAUUGAGGUCGUAGAACCAGAAGUUCAACCAACUCCGGAAGCAGACGCGUUGCCAAUGGAAAGAGAGAGCUCCAAGAUCUCGAAUUCAUCAAAAGUAUCAAAAGUUGAGGAAAUUCCACUCGAAGAGAUGACACCAAAGUCUUCGCGAGUUACUUCUCCUGCGCCAAAGAAGAAUCAAGUGGUUCCAUUUGCACUUGAGUCGGGUGAUUCUCGGCCAACAUCUUCGCAAUCGAUGCGGGUUGACCCGGCGAUAUUCUCUGCUGAACCAAGAACAAAGACGACGCUUUCGAAUACAGACCUCGACGCUUGGAAACAACCGGAAUGGAUGCCAGACGACCUUGCUAAUAAACUUCAAACCGAGCAGGUUGCCCCUAAAACUGAAAACAACGAGGAGGCACCCGUUCAGCUUGAUCUUUCCACGCAAGUUGUUCUCAACAAAAAUGAGCGACAAUACAUCCCAUACGAUACUGCAAAGGCAUAUAUUGCCAAGAUUCUUGCACAAAAUGAUGGGAUAAAACAAGCGUUUCUCAAAGACAUCCGAAAUCUUGAGCAAAAGUACAAAGAAAUCGAGGUCGAGGCAAACGGACAUUUUUCAGCGUUUGUUGUCCAAAUGAAAUCUCAGUACUCCAUCAAAUAUGAAGUUAUGAGAAAGGCGUACAAAGCAGCCAAGUCUGAUUUGGAUACAAAAUCCGAGCAGAUGAACGGCCACAUGACAAAUUUGAGACAGCAGAAUGGAAGACUAAAAGAACAACUCAAAUGCCUUCUCCUGGCUUUCAAGCAAGAAAAAGAAAAGCGUGAGGCCAAUUACGGCGAUGACAUGAAAGAAGUCAUCGAAAAAGCUGAAACUGAUCGAAAAAAGUUCAGCAAUGAGAUCGAAGACCUGAAAAGAGAAAAUGCCGCCCUCAAAGCCGGGGGCGCAGUUGCUGUUGCUUCUCACGUCAAAAAUAGUGGCGAUUCUGGUGAUUCUGUCCCGGAUGGCCCGCUAGUAGGAACUCACGACGACUCGUACGUUAAAGAACUCGAAAAUGAGCUUCGAGAAGCCAAAUGCGAGAACGAAGAGCUCAUGACAAAGGUCGCUGCGAUGGAAGCCGGCACUGCUAAUCAAGAAAAACAAGUUGCAGACCAAAUCAUGAAUGACGAAGAACUCUUGGAGAAAUUCUACACAACGCAGAUGCAACUUGAAUUGAUGGAAGACCAAAGCGAGCUCGUAGAAAAACUCAAAGCCGAUGUUAUCGAAUUGGAGAGAAAACUAGCCGAAGCGGAUGAGAACGAUGCAGCACAGAAGGUUAAAAUCGCAGCUCUCGUCAAAUCGCUCGAAGAACCGGAUACAACUGAAGAUCAGAAACGAAUGGCGGAUCUUGAAACGCAUGCCAUCGAGAUGGAAGAUCAGCUAAAGAAAUUAGACAGCUCCAACCACGAGCUCAACAAUCAGCUAGCUGAAGAAAAACGAAAGGUUGAAAAGCUAGAAAAACAGCUCAAACAAAAGGAGCAGUUCAAAGAUGAAGCAAAACGCAAUCCUCGUCGAGCAGCAACUGCAGUUGCAGCAGCUGCCGUAAGAGGAAACAGGACUGGGGACAAUGCUCAAGUCAAGGACUUACAGGCGAAGAUCAAAGUCUUGGAGCGCGAACGAAAUGAUCUUGAAAAACAGAUUCGCAAGAAUGAUCUGACAAUGACUCGCGAAAAAACCAUGGUUCAGACAAAACUCAAUAAAACUGAUGGAGACCUUGAAAAGUACAAGAAUCGGUAUGAGGAAACAAAGAAAAAACUGAAGGAGCAACAAGACCUCUGCAAAGAACACUCUGAAAAAUUGAAGAAACUUGAGCGAUCUACAAAGAAUCAUGGAAAGGAUUUGGAGAAAAUUGACAAGUUAGAAGAAGAAGUGGCAAAACUUACUGCUGAUCAGAAGAAAUUGCAGAAAGAGCUCCGUGAAGCGAAGGCUGAGGUUGCAGAAAUCACCGAAAAAUACCAGAAGGAAAUGCUUCUCCGAAAGAAAUAUUACAACAUUAUUGAGGACAUGAAGGGCAAGGUCAGAGUGUACUGUCGAUCUAGGCCGAUUUCCAACACCGAAAAAGAGCGCGGAAAUUUCAACGUCGUCGAGUCACCUGAUGAAUAUACAAUCAAGAUCAAUACAACCAAUCGAGGAACUAAAGAGUUCAAUUUCGACCAGGUUUUCACGGCUGAAAGUAAGCAAGAAGAUGUUUUCAACGAUACAAGCUUCCUCCUGCAAUCAGCCUUUGACGGAUUCAAUGUUUGCAUCUUCGCUUAUGGUCAGACCGGUUCCGGCAAAACAUUCACCAUGAUUGGUAAUGAAGACUUUCCUGGUCUUGCUCCGCGAGCAUUUGGCGGUCUUUUCGAAAUCAUAAAAGAGAAUGAAGACAAGUUUGAGACAAAAGUCUCUUGUUACAUGAUGGAACUUUAUUGUGAUCAAAUUCAAGACCUUCUUGCUGAUAAAAUCGACGCUCCAGCGAAGUACUUGAUCAAGAAGGAUAAGAAAGGAAUGGUCUACGUCCAGGGAUCGGUUAUCGAAGAAGCGGCUGAUCUCGAGGCGUUGAAUGGAAUCUUCGAGAAAGGAACCUCCAACAGAAAAGUCGCCAGUACAAAGAUGAAUUCCGAAUCCUCUCGAUCACAUUUGAUCUUCUCCGUUCUACUAGAAGUGAAAAACAAGACAACUGGCAGCGUCAAUCGAGGAAAGUUCUCACUUAUCGAUUUGGCUGGUUCAGAAAGAGCGGCAAAGACGGGAGCUACUCAGCAGCAGCUAAAGGAAGCGAAUUCUAUCAAUAAAUCGCUCUCAGCUCUUGGUGAUGUCAUUCAUGCUCUCAGUACAGAAGCUCAAUUCGUUCCUUACAGAAACAACAAACUUACUGAGCUUAUGCAGGAUUCUCUCGGUGGAAAUGCAAAGACCCUUAUGUUCGUAAACAUCUCUCCUGUCGAGUACAACCAGGACGAAACCGUCACUUCCUUGACCUAUGCUGCUCGAGUCAAAGAGAUCAAAAACACAGCUUCCAAAAACGCAGACAACAAGGAAGUCGCCAAGCUCAAGGAAAUCAUCCGCAAGCUCAAAGCUGGCGAGUCCCUCGAAGACGAGGACGAAAUUUAA